CCGGAAUUAGCGACGGAGACUGCGAACAAAUUUGCAGAGUGCACGUGACAUCAAUAGUUAAGCAUCCCGGAUAUCGUGCCCACUAGCUUGCCAGGUGACUAUUACUCAUUAAAAUUUUUCCACUAUAACGUUAUAAAAGUACACCAUUGUUGCACCUGAAAUCGUUGACCAUAUCAACAAUUCACCAUGUCCUCUCCACAACAAAUAGCAAACACAUUUCAACAAGCGUUGAAUCUUUCCGAUUCAUCCAAUGCUGUCUCCACCUCCCCCACUCACUCAUACUUGAGUCAAUAUGUUCCAAGCUCACAAAAGAACACCAAAACCCUUAAGCCAUUUUCCACUGGUGACAUCAAGAUUCUUUUGUUGGAAAACGUCAACCAAACUGCUAUCAACAUUUUCCACAACCAGGGUUAUCAAGUGGAAUUUUACAAAUCCUCUUUGCCCGAAGAUGAAUUGAUCGAGAAGAUUAAGGAUGUCCACGCCAUCGGUAUCAGAUCCAAGACUAAAUUGACGCAAAAGGUGUUGGAACACGCAAGAAACUUGGUCGUCAUCGGCUGUUUCUGUAUCGGUACCAACCAAGUUGACUUGGAAGCUGCUGCUAAGGCCGGUAUCGCUGUGUUCAACUCGCCAUUUUCCAACUCUAGAUCGGUGGCCGAAUUGGUGAUUGCUGAAAUUAUCUCCUUGGCUAGACAAUUGGGUGACCGUUCCCUUGAAAUGCACACUGGUACCUGGAACAAGGUCAGUGCCAAGUGUUGGGAAAUCAGAGGCAAGACCUUGGGUAUCAUUGGUUACGGUCAUAUUGGUUCCCAAUUAUCGGUGUUGGCCGAAUCCAUGGGUAUGAACGUCAUCUACUACGAUGUGCAAAUGAUCAUGUCUUUGGGUAACUCCAAGCAAGUGGACACCUUGGAUGAACUUUUGUCAAGAGCCGACUUUGUCUCCUGUCACGUCCCUGAGCUUGAUGACACCAAGAACUUGUUGAGUGCUCCUCAAUUUGCUGCCAUGAAGGACGGUUCUUUUGUCAUCAACGCUUCCAGAGGUACUGUCGUUGACAUUCCUGCCUUGGUCCAGGCCAUGAAGGCUGGUAAAAUCGCCGGUGCUGCCUUGGACGUGUAUCCACACGAACCAGCCAAGAACGGUGAAAACUUGUUCUCCAACGAGUUGAACAGCUGGGCCUCCGACUUGUGCUCGUUGAGAAACGUCAUUUUGACUCCCCACAUCGGUGGUUCCACCGAGGAAGCCCAAUCUGCCAUUGGUAUCGAGGUUGGUACCGCUUUGACCAAAUACAUCAACGAAGGUUCUUCCACCGGUGCUGUGAAUUUCCCCGAGGUUGCUUUAAGAGGAUUGGACUUGGACCAGCAAAACGUUGUCAGAGUGUUGUACAUCCAUCAAAACGUUCCUGGUGUGUUGAAGACCGUCAACAACAUCUUGUCCAACCACAAUAUCGAAAAGCAGUACACCAACUCUAGAGGUGAUGUUGCCUACUUGAUGGCGGACAUUUCCGAUGUGGAUAUUACCGAUAUCAAGUCCUUGUAUGAACAAUUGGAGCAAACCCCAUACAAAAUUGCCACCCGUUUGUUAUACUAAGCGUGUUACUGACGCGCACUUCUUGUAUGUUACUAUAUAAUCUAAUCUAAUUUAAUGAACCUUCAA